CAGCCGCCGCCGGCCGGACGGGCACCGCUCCCGCCGCCUCCUCUCUGCCCGCUCGCCCGCGCCGCGCGCCCUUGCCCGGCAUGUCGGCGGCCGUGGCGUGCGUGGAUUACUUCGCUGCCGACGUGCUCAUGGCCAUCUCCUCGGGCGCCGUGGUGCACCGCGGGCGGCCGGGCCCCGAGGGCGCGGGCCCCGCCGCCGGCUUGGAGGUGCGCGCGCCGCGCCGCGAGGCCGCCCCGCCCGGGCCCCCGGGCCCGCCGCCGCCGCCCCCCGCCGCCUCCGGCCCGGGCCCCGCCGCCGCCGCCGCCGCCGCCGCCGCCGCGCCCCACCUGCUGGCCGCCAGCAUCCUGGCCGACCUGCGCAGCGGGCCCGGCGCCGCCCCGGGGGGCGCCUCGCCCGCCUCCUCGUCCUCGGCCGCCUCGUCCCCGUCCUCUGGCCGCGCCCCCGGCGCCGCGCCCGCCGCCGCCAAGAGCCACCGCUGCCCCUUCCCGGGCUGCGCCAAGGCGUACUACAAGUCCUCGCACCUCAAGUCGCACCUGCGGACGCACACAGGCGAACGGCCCUUUGCCUGCGACUGGCCGGGCUGCGACAAGAAGUUCGCGCGCUCCGACGAGCUGGCGCGCCACCACCGGACCCACACCGGCGAGAAGCGCUUCCCCUGCCCGCUCUGCUCCAAGCGCUUCACCCGCAGCGACCACCUGACCAAGCACGCGCGCCGCCACCCCGGCUUCCGGCCCGACCUGCUCCGCCGCCCCGGCGCCCGCAGCACCUCGCCCAGCGACUCGCUGCCCUGCAGCCUGGCCGGCAGCCCCGCGCCCAGCCCCGCGCCCAGCCCCGCGCCCUCCGGCCUGUAGGGCCCUGGCCCAGCCCUCCCUGCCGCACCCCUGCUGGGCCUGGGCCCCGAGCACCAGCAAAACGCCCGCUGGCCACAGCCAGGGGCCGGCCACGGCGCACUGGACCGCAGGUGGCCCGGGAGGGGGGCGCCGGUCUGUAAAUAGCCGUGUUGGAUAACUCUUCCUCUGUGUUAACCAGGAACCCCGGGGCGGCCAGCAGGCGCUCCCCUCCCCCCGCCGCCACCGCCCAGCCUCGGAGAGGGUGGGUGUGGGGGGGCGCGGCCCAGGAGGGGUGCACCUAAGCAGUGCUCAGACUUGGCCCCCUAGCCCCUCUCUCCAGGUAGGGACGACGUGUUCAAAGAGCCAUAGGUGAACCAGGGGUCACCGCGGCCCCCCACCCCCACCCCACUGAAAGCCAUUGGAGAUGUUCAGGGAUCCGGGGUGUGGCUCCGGCCGCCCCCAUCCGGGUACUCAAUCUCAGGUGUCCACAGGUUCUCCCCUGCCACCCAGCUCCCCGGCAGGGGGCGGGAGGGCAGCUGGGAGGCAGGGAGGGGGGGAGGCAGGAGGGUCCAGGUUUUGCUCCUAAGACAGGGGUAGGGAGGGGGAGAGACGGGUUCUUCCAAAGAGCAUGUGACUCACACGGAGGGGAGGUGGAUACCGGGCUGCGCUGCAGCAAAUGCCUACUUAUUUAUUUUCCUCUGUCUCUGCUGGUAGGAGGGGGCGUCAGCGAGCGGCCCCCGUGGGUGGGUGGAUGUGAGUGUGAGUGAGGCCCGCUCCUGGCAGGGCACAGUCCCCAACUUUGGCCUUCCACAGCAUCGCGUGACAAUCAGUCCCUCCGUUGGGACCAGGACAGCCAUCGAGCAUCAGGCGCCCCUUCCCGGCAGGUGGAGGCCCGGGGCCGGCUCCAUCCUGCCACCAGCCCUUCUUCCUGGCGGGUGCCCCUGGACGGAGGUCGAGGGCCUGCCUGCAGGGCAGGAAGCGCGAGGGCUGACCCCUGAACCCCGUGGGAUAGCUCGUUUUUUUGGACCGGGUAAAAUAUUUUUUCAGGCCCCAAUCCCUUUCUUGAUCUGGGCCCCGUGGGUGGUCCGUUGUCCUCAGGGGGUGUGGGUGUUGGGGGAAGGUCUGCGGGACCUGAACGGGGUGUGCAGGGGUGAGCCCCGUGGCCUCUCCUGGGGUCUUCCCGCUGUGGCUCUGGUUGUAUUUCACUCUGGACAGGGACUGAGGACCCCCCGCCCUAGAAGGGGGAGGACCCCUCCCCGUCCCUGGGCUGUGUCCUGCUCUUGGCUGCCGGAGCUUUGUGGUCCCGACGCGGGUUCCAGGACCUUUCUGUCUCCCCUUUGAGGGCUGGUGGCGUUGGUGUAGACUGGACCCGGCCUGGCAGGAUCCAGGGAUGGGUGCCUGGGGUCCUGGGGAGGGGGCCAGGGAAGGCCCCCGUUUUGCAGCAGCGCUGGGAAGGGUCUCGGCCAGUCUUGGGGGGGGGAUCCUUGCCCGGCGGGCCCGUCUGUGCCCACACCUUCCUUCCCAGCGCCCGGCGAGAUGCCUUAGUCUGCGGGGGCAGGCUGGGGUCCCCUUUCCCCCUGUGUCUUAUGGACGUCCUCUGGAUCGUCCCAUCCCUGGCUGGUGCCUCUCACAGAAGGGGGACCGUGGGUCCGGGGGCCCAGGAGGCUGAGGACGCGUCCAGGGGCCUGGAGAGACCCGUGCCCCUCCUCCCCCAAGGAGCUCGGGGCCACUGGGACCUGGUUGCAGCCUCUGAGCUGUGGCAUCGAGAGGGGGGAGGGGGAGGGGCUCCCAGGGACUCGUGCUUUCAGGUGACCCCCCCCCCCUGCCUGGCCUCUUCCUUGUAUUUAAUUAAACCCUUUUUUAAACCCGA